ACGUCCAAAAAUCUCCCACCUCCACCAACCACACACAUAUCCACCUCCACAUCCACCACGACGACCCAUGCCGUCUCACCACCACGCACUCGGAUUCACAUAGGGCCUUCGAGACAUUCACCAUCGUUCUGCUUCCCCGCGAUCCAGCUCCAUCGCCGUCGCCUGUCGACCCUCGCUCCUUCCUGCGGCAUCCACGGGAACCUCCGUCGAAUGCACAUGUCAUCCCCCAAAUCCGCCGUCGCGACGAUCCGCCCCGCCACUCUGCCGCCUCCCAAACGUGCCUGUCCUCCCGUCGAGUCCCCCUGAGCGACACUCCCCGACGCCCGCGCCCCUACCGCCAGCCUGUCCCUCCUCGAGAGACUCGCCCCGGCUGCCGGCCCUGCCCUCACACGGUUCCUGGGUCCGUCAGACUGUGGGAGAGGUCAGACGUCGUCGCGCAUGCCUCGCGCUUCGAGCUCGGGCAAGCGACAGCAAGGUGCCGCCACUCACCGCGACACCCGCCACGAGAAUGGUCUUGUAGGCCCGGCUAGGCGUUCCUCCGAUAAGAAGGGCUCCGGGGACGGCCCUGCCCGCCGGUCUGACCAUGGCGUCGCCGGUGCCGCAGGGUCGUCGAUCCCGGCCAACGGCCUCGCGAAUGGCUCCUCGAAACUCCCCCUCGACAACUCCUCGUCCGAUUCCCGCGCCAACGAUGACUCCAUGCGCCGCUCCUCCCUCGCCUCCGAGACGUCGUCCGAGUCGUGCAUUUCCAACAUGGGCACCAAUGGCAUUGUCGAUGCCGGCCAUCGCCAGAUCGACGUCAAUGCCUUGAAGAAUUCCGACGUCCACCGCGACUCCGGUCCCUUCGACCUCGCCACCACCGUUCUCAAGUCCCUUCCCAUGCAGGAUACCCUCGCCAUCCUCAUCAUUCUCAUGCACGUUCCGCCGCUGUCUCUCUCCGCCAUCUAUACCGUCUUCACCUUCCUCACCUUUGUUCCUCCCGUCACCACCAGCUCAGGCAUGAACAUCAACCUCGCCGAGAUCUUUGACGGAAACUCCACCAUGCCCUCCCUUGUGACCAUUUUGUGUAUGGACUUUUUCUUCCUCCUGAUAUGGCUAUUUCUGUGGGGUCCGAUCCAGGAUGCUAUUCUCGAUUUUGCCAAGCCAGUCAUUGCCAUUACCCUAGGAGGAGGCACCAGUACGAGAGACGGAACCUCGAGGGGUCUCACCACAUGCUUCAUGUGGGUUAUAGGUCACCACCUCCUCCGUGGAACUAGGGUCCAUUGGGGUCGUGUGGUUCGCCAUAUCCCGGAGCACUGGCGCAUCCCUUCCGUCUUCAACAACCCUCUCCAGCCGGCCACCUCCACGUACGAUAAGAGAAGUGCGUAUGGGUGGGUGAAGAGUGUCUUGGCAAUCCACAUCUUGACCCAGGGCAUUGUCCGAUAUAUUCGGGAGUGGUAUCUGCGGCGGGAAAAGGCCAACGCCUCCACCGGUGUGAGCGAUCCCGAGGUAGGAAAGCCUCCCAGCGUGACUGGCGACAUGGCCAACGACGCGGGGUUUGCUACGCCCGACACAGAUGUGAGCUUCCAGCCAGCAACCGGUCCAUCAACAAACAAGAAACGAAGAAAACAAAGCACCCAGGUUCGCCUGCAGCAGCCGCUGUGGGCAGCCCUCGCGAGCACCAAGAUCGUCAUGGUAAAAGAGUACGAACUGUCCCAUGCUGCGUCCGAGUCAGCUGGGUCCAACGCAACCGACAUUCACAACCUAGGAAACGCCCCAUUCAAUAGUCAACCCGGCCAAAUAUGGAUAUCCUACAUUGGCAGCGACGAAGUAUGCUUCAGCACUAGUCAUUUUCCCGAAAGCGACGACAGUUCUCAGUCGCAAUCUAACGGCCAUGCGCCGCGACCCUCAGGCAUCGACACAUCCAAGCCGUUCUACGUCCGGGUGAACAAUGCAUUCUGGCAACCUACGCGCAUUUUCUCUGUCCAAGAUUCCGCUGAGGACUCGGAGCGAGGGGCUCGCUGGACAGGUGAUAUUUACGGAUUACGCCCUGCAUCUAAGUAUGUUUGCGAAUUUGUAGACACUCGAACAGACGAGGUCAUCUUCACCACUAGCAUCCGAACGGUUCAGGCAACCCUACGCGAAGCGGAUGGCACUUCAUCUGCGCUUCCUAACGGCCAGCGCUCCCUCCGACCCGACUCCCCAGCUACUACGCUCAAAACCUCCAUUGCUGCCGCCGAGGCCAAACUGGCCGACGAAAAGUCUCGUCUUAAGACUUUGCGCAAGGAGUGGAAGACUAGGAUCAAUGCUCUGAGGAAGGACAACGAGCUCACCGACAACCAACUUGCCUCUGCUGGCAACCACGACGAAAAGUACAAGCAAAAGAUUCGUCAACAAGAGACCCAAAAAGCUCAGGCAGAACGCGAUACUGAACAGCUCGCCGAUCAGCUUAAGAACUUUGACACUGCCCCGGAACUUGCUGACCGCAAGAAGAAGGUGGAAAAGUUGUACUCCUCUGAAAAGAAGGUCUUUGAUGCCGCCCAAAAGGCAUUCAAGGAGUACAAAUCCGGGCUGGAGAAGGAGGUCAAAGCUAAGGAGGUCGAGAAGUCGAAUCUCAACACCCGUCGUAACAAGAUUGCCACCCGCAUCGCAAAGGUCGAAAAUGAGCUUGCGAACAUCACCGAUGCCAACACCCGAGGAUUGGACGAAGCCGAGCGACGGAACCAGGAGCGCCAGGUGUGGCAGGAGCACGUUGCCGGUAUCGAGGCCAACUACAACGAGCGUCUCGCUCAAGUCCGUGCUACCAACGCCGCCCGCAGCGAGCACAUCAGAAACUCGCAGGUCCAGCUUCAAAGCUUCCAUGACUUCAUGAACUCUUCUAACGGAAUGGCUUAUGAGAUGGCGUCGCCGGUCGAGGCUGGUCAUCCGCCACAGCUGGGACCGCCGUUCCAACCCAACGCGACAGGAUCUUGGAAUCCCAACCCUGCUGCCAUUCCUCAUUAUCCAACAAGCAUGUGGCAAAGCUCCAACGACGUCCUCCCUUCGGUCUCUGCGCCAACGCUCCCGUCCAUGUCCAUGUGGCAGGCCCCGCCCACAGCGCCUUCGUUUGAGCCUCGAGUGACCCGAUCUAGGGGACGCAGCUCCAGCAUGCUUAGCAACGUUAGUGGCUUCACCCAGUCGAGCGGCGAGGAUUUUGGUUCCCCGCCGAUGGACCCGUUCCAUAUGCGACAUAUUUGGGAGAACCAUCCUAGCAGGAUGAGUGGCAGCGGCGGCGGAAGCAGCGGCAGUGGAAGCGGUAGCACCGGCGAUCCGACGAGUCCGAGGUGAGGGUGCGGUGAUGGCAACAUCAUGUGAGCGCCUAGAACAGCGGAUUGAGUUUUGGUUCAGUUGGCUGGCUAUUGAAUAGCGUGUGCAAGAAUAAAAGUAGUGACUUUGUUAUCUGUCUGUUCACUCAUGAUUGUGAUGUAUUGUCCCGCAAGUUUGAUCUGGUUUCUGAACAAUAAUCGACUGUCC